AUGUCCGCUAACGGCGCGUCGGGCUUGGCCGUGUCGGCGUCGCGGUCGGUCCUCGACGCGUCGAGCUACCGCUCUCUCCUACUCCCACCACCACCACCACCACCUUCUUCCUUCACCGAGCGCAUUGACGCGCAAGACGUCGGCAACAUGGACGCGGACGACGCUCAGGAGCACAAAGCCUCAGCACAGAGCGCCGUUCUGCCGAAACUAGAGGCCACAAAUGACGCUACUCUUGAUGAUGUCGCUCUACCCCCCAGUAUGUCUGUCGUCGGGCAGGCAGCAAAGACAGAAGGGCCAGAGGUAGACUUGGCGGACAAAACUGUCGGCCCAGAGAAUGGAACAUCUGAUGCUUACCCGAGCGCCAUGCCAGUUCCGGUCAAAGGGGAAUCAGAUGCUGGACCCCGCGCCGAGGUUUUACAUGUCACAAACGAGGACGUAGUCCUGAGCGACGCCGCCCCUGAACAAAAUGCCACUGACCAGGCCAGUGCCGCCUCAGAAGACGGCUCAGCGACAGUCCUAGAGGCUGAUGACAACGGCGCAGAGGACUCGGAAACAGACGAGGACGAUGACAAUGACGAAGAGGAGGAGGACGAUGACAAUGACGAAGAGGAGGAGGACGAUGACAAUGACGAAGAGGAGGAGGACGAUGACAAUGACGAAGAGGAGGAGGACGAAGACCUUCAGGAUCCAUCUCAAGAUAUCAAGGAGGACCUCGCGGCAAUCCUGUCUGGGGACCUCGAGUUCACCGGCGCGUUCUCGUUCAACAAGACAUACCCAACUGCCCCAAACCCAGCGCUCAACAUCGACGGCCUUGGGACUAUCGGCCUUCCUCUCAGCACCCGGGAUGCUGCUGCCAUCAAGGCUCGUUCUGAACAGGCCCCUUUCGGUAAGGUGGACCAAACGAUUGUCGACAAAACCGUCCGGGACACCUGGGAGAUCGACGCAACGAAGGUGCACUUUGAAAAUGGCGCGUGGGUACCUUUCAUGGACCAGGCGGUCCGGGAUGUUUGCCAAGUCCUCGGCGUCAACUUUGAAGCUAGUAAGCCACGAUGUGAGCUAUACAAACUCCUCCUAUAUGAAACGGGCUCUCAUUUCUUGCCGCACGUCGACACAGAGAAGGUGAACGGCAUGUUCGCCACCAUUGUCGUCAUCCUUCCGUCGAGAUUCACAGGCGGCGCUGUGCACGUCCGGCACGGCGAUCUCGAUCAAACAUACGACUCCAGCGAGGGAAGCCUAACCAACACCUCCGUCCUUGCCUGGUAUACCGACGUGGAACACGAGGUCAAGGCGGUUACGGGCGGGUACCGUCUCGCACUCUCCUUCAACCUCGUACACACCACGAACGCUCUGCGCCCGACGCUCAGUGUCAGUACCUUGCCUUCUCGCCUUCAGCACGUCUUGCGUUCGUGGAAGCAGGCUGAAGGCGGCGGCGAUGCCCCGCGAAAGAUUAUCUAUCUCCUCAGCCAUAAGUAUUCCCAAGCCGCGCUCCGAGGCAGCGCGCUCAAGGGGGUGGACGCCCAUUUGGUCGCUAUCCUGGACACCAUUGGCACACAGCAUGGCAUCCAUCUUGGCCUCGCAAAUUUGACUUGCACUCAGAGGGGAGGCGCGAACGACUAUGGGGGACGUGAGCGCGACGGCUGGGGCCGAUGCUAUUACGACGAGGACAGUGAGGAUCCGGAUGAUGACGACGUCUCGAUGUGUGAGGUCGACGAAACGAACGUGGAAGUCGAGAAUCUGGUCGACAUGGAUGGUAAGCUUAUUCGGCAAGCGGUCGACUAUGAUCUCGAAACCGAGGUCAUCCCUGAGGAACUCGUCGACGAGAUCACCGCAGGGGAAUAUGACGACCAGGAAUACGAAGGCUAUCAGGGAAACUAUGGCGGCACAUUGGAACGCUUCUAUCGCCGAACUGUUCUGGUUAUGUGGCCCGCAUGGGCGCACUUCGACCUCAUUCACGGCUCGGAGGGUUUCACAUAUGCGUGCCAGAGGAUACGCGAUUCGAAGAGCUCCCAGCCGACAACCGAGGAGACGGAGCUCACAGAGAUCAUCUUGGUCCGGGCGAACGCCACCAAAAGCGGGGCAAUCGUGGAGAGCGUAUGUCGCGCCGCAUUGAGAUGGAAGGACCUCUCGCUUUGGUUCCGUGCGAUCAAAGCCUGCGACGCCGAACGGUCGAUCUCCGCGCUCGGAGAGAAACACAUCUACCUUGCUGUUGAUGCCUUCGGCUUUGCAGAGGUGAAGCCUUGUAUCGAACAUGCGCUUGAGCGAGACCCGUCCAACGUCAGCACCCUCCAGUUUUUGGAAAAGUUCGAAACGUGGAUUGCCUCCCAGCAUCCAGAACUGGUCAAUGACGCUACGAAGGACUGGGUAUCAGCACAACGCACGAAGCGGUUCAACGCGCUGAAACCUCUAGGGAAGGACGAGCACAAGUCGCUCACCGCACUUGCACUCAAGUACGGUGGUGGAGUCGACUUCUUGGAGAACAAGGUUCUCCCUCUGAUCAAGCCCACUACGGGCAGCGCCGCCUUGCUGGAGUAUGCGAUGUCUCUUAAGGGCGAAGAAGGGAUCGCCACCGAAACGCGCGCUCGCUUAGCGCGAGACCUCUUGGCGACCGCUCUAGCUAAGGUCGACUUCUAUGCCACAGCGCCGGUAUCGAACGCCGCGCACCAGCAUUACUCCUACGCGUACUCCAAGCCUGUCGAAGAGCCGGGGCAACUAGAGCGCGCGAAACCAUAUUUCAAGGCGUUCCUUGAGCUAGGCACCGACGAUCUCUUCGCUACUGCCGUUGACAAGCUUCUUGCUCUCUCAGGUCUGGUGGGUGAUGUCGUUAUUCGUCGUGUCAAGGGCAUCCUCCUCCCUCUUGUCGCAUACGGGCAGGAGAUACUGCGCACUCUCCCUGGAGGCAAUCCGCCCCCCGCCUUACGCAAGCUUUCUACCACUGCAAGCUUGCUACACCUGCAAACUGUGCUCGCUGAUCCUCGGCGUCUCGUCCUCGACGAUGUCCCAUCGCUCAUCCAAGCGGUAGUCGCCAGCGACAAACCGGAAGAGUCGCUUGCUCAGGUUGUAGCUAAGUUCGAGGGCUUGCAGGUGCAGACUACGAUCCUCCACGCUAUAAUCAAAGAGCUGGGAGCGAAGAGCGCUCAGAUAGACCCCUCGGGGAUUACUCUGAACCCCCUCCUCCUCCGCCUCCUGCAGAAAUACGUCAACGACAUCGACCUCACCUACAUCGCCCCACCGGCGUACGCGUCGCAUUCCUACUACAGAGCUGCCGUCCCCGCUGCCCCCGCCCAGAAGCCAGCCCUCGCCGCGCUCGAGUUCUGUCUCUCACUGCAGCUCCCCGACGCGUGCAAGUUCGUGAUCGGGCGGCUGCUGAAUCCGGCCAAACUCGACGUCAAGUACAUCGAGACCCAGCUCGCGCCUCUGUUGCCGGACAUGCGUGCGUUGCUCGUCAAGUACAACCAACCGCUCACCUCGGAGGCCUUCGCGAUGGCGGCCCGCAAGAUCAUGCUGUACUGGGUGCAGAAGGUGAUGGGCCCGCGUCCUCCGAAUUCGACGACGUCCCUUCUGGGAGGCCUGAAGGGGUGGACGUGCAACUGCGACGUGUGCCCCCCGGUGCGCACCUUCCUGACCGCAAAGCCCGAGGAGAGCAAUAGCUGGACGCGAAUCGGCGCCCCGAAGAGACGCCACUUGGAGGCGUUCCUGUCCAAGCAUGCGAGGCAGAUCGCGACCUUUGCGACGAUCAGAAGCACGCCGCAAGGCAUCACGCGCGCGCCCAAGGUCACGAAGACGAAGGCGAUAGUGGGACCUGCCAAGUGGGCCCACGGCCAGGCGCAGGGCAAGAAGUUGUUGCGGAGCAUCAGCGCGAAGGAGCACGAGCUCAAGGCUGUCCUGGGGCCUGACUACGCACGGAUCGUCGCUGGGUUGGAAGGGCGGUCCAUGGGCUUGGGGGCAAACGUCGCGAAUGCGGCGGCGACUGCGCCUGUUGCAAGCGGUAGUUCCACAGCGUCCGCGACGCAGCCUGCCCCCCAAGGUGCAUCCCGCACAACCGGGGCCACCCCGGCUGCAGCGACGAUUGGAGCCACCGCUACAUUCGGCCACCCCGGGCCCGCAAGUAUGCCAAAUGCUGUCCCGACGGGCGUAGCGGCAACACACACUCCCUCAGUGUCGUCGGCUGCUGCACCGAGCUCGAAACGAGUAGACGAUGCGGAGCACGCACAGAGGAAACGCAGGAAGAUGGUGUACGAUGAGCAGGAUGUUAUUGACCUUACCUAA